AUGUGUUUCACGUCUACAAAUAUUUUUAGAUAUAAGAAAGAUGUAAGAAAUGUUGAUUUUUCACUUAUUGUCCUUCGUAAAGAAAUUUGUUAUGAUGUGACUCUUCGUCUGAAAAUUAGUCGGUUAUCUAACUUAAAAUUACAGUUUAAUCAAAUUAUAUUUUCAAAUGGUUAUGAUUUAAUUGAAGUGUUAAUUCAGCAUAUUGUUUCAUUAGAACAUUUAUCACUAAGCAUCGGUUAUUUAUCCGAACCAUCUGUUAUUGAUGGUCGAUGUAUAGAGUAUGAUUAUUGGUUAUUAAAACGAAAAGAAAAAAUUAUAUGUUAUAUAGACAUUUAUGAAAAUGAUUUUUACCUUUAUUCACUACUGUGUAUUUUUCGUGAUAUUGAUUGUAUAUCAAAUGUAUUAAGUAUGUUUAAAGAUGUCAAAUGUUUAAAAUUUUAUAUGAGCAAUUGUCGAUUAAGUAAUAAAUCGCCAUCAGUAGUACUUAAAAAUGUCAAUACAAUUAUUUGUAAAUAUUUAACAUCAUAUGAACAAUUAUUUAAACAACAUUUUUCUCUCAUGUUACCAAAUGUUUGUAUUUUAAAAAUUGACAAUGUUAGUAUAUAUCGAAUUAUGGAAAAGCAACUAGCAUUUGACCACAACGACAAUAUUUUUUCAAACGAAUUAUUGAAUUGCAUUUUAUAUAGGUUAGAAGUCACUGAUAUUGAUGAUGAGAAGAAGAAUUAUUUCGUUGAAUUUCUUCGGUAUUUUUUUAAUAUUAAAAUAUUAGCAUUACAGUUUGCCAAUAAAAUUCGUAUUAGAAUUAUUCAGAGUAUUCUGAAAGUUUUAUUAUCAAAUAAAAGAUGUUUAUUAUCAUUUAUUCAAUGUUAUACAUGUAAUAAUAAUUUUGUGAUUACUGAUAACGUCGCAGAGAUUUUUAAACGAUUACUAACUGAACACUUUGGCAUUGAUAAUUGUUAUAUCCAUAUUGAACGUUAUUAUUUGAAAUUCGGGCGUUAA